UUCUCAUACUAAAGUAGCAAAACUUUACAAAAGUCGAGUGCCUUUGAGAUUUACUGUGCAAACACGACAGCUUCGGGCUUCACACCAAGAUGAUCACUAUUGUGCAGCACAGUUCAAAUAUAUGCGUGAGUUUGCUGUGAAACAUCGAGACAGAGUUACCUUUGUGUGUCUAGAUGACAAAUCAAAACUAGAUUUUGGAGAGCCGGGUGCUGCCUUAUCAUCAGGAGUGCGCGGAAAGAAAUCUGUUGUUCCUACUACAUCAACUCUUUCAUGUUUGGAUCAUGAUGUAGGCCAAAAGGGCUCUAUCACACCAUCAGUGUGUCUAAAUGUAGAGAUACCUGAAACACCAGACGGUUCUUUCUACAGAGGCCAAGUAACUGUUAUUUUCAAAGAUAGCAUUUUUGAGCCAAGCUCACCCUUUAGGCAUGCUGUUGAACUUCAGAAUAUCCUAGCACAGGAAGGUACCUUCAAACCAGUCUUGAUGUUGUUCACAGAUGGUGGUCCUGAUCACAGAGUCACAUAUCAUGCAGUGAAACUUUCACUCAUCAUUCUCUUUCGGCGUCUUGGCUUGGACAUGAUAGUUGCUGGUCGAACAGCCCCAGGGUACAGUUGGGCAAAUCCUGCAGAAAGAAUCAUGAGUUUACUUAAUCUUGCAUUUCAGAAUGCAGCUCUAACGAGGAAUGAAUGUACUAGUGCUGUGGAACAGGCACUGAGGAGUUGCAAUUCAAUGGAAGACAUCCGGAAAAAGAGUCGGACUGUACCAGGACUUGAAGAUGCUUGGGUUGCAUCACUCCAAGAGAUGGAAAAAAUGCUUCAGGAGAGAGUUGAUCGGAUCCAGUUGAAAGGUCAAAACUUUAAAUGUCUCAGUGCAGCUACAAAAGAUGCAAUCAAUGAAUUUGAGGAUGAUAUCCAGAACAUUGAUCCAGAACUUGUUAAGGGACAAUAUCAGCAAGUGAAUGUGAACAAAAAGCAGAAAUAUCAGGACUUUUUGAAGACUCACUGUCUAGAGCGCACAUACACUUUUCAGGUCAGAAAAUGUAAUGAUGCGACAUGUUGUGUUCCGCCAGUUAUUCAGUUUCCUUGGCUGCCUGACCCAGAAAUUGCCUUGGAUGGUCAGCACUUCAAGCCCUUUGAUGAAGUACUUGGCUUUCCUACGACUGAAAAGGACCGUCCAUCUUCUCAAAGGCAAACCCUGACUGCUAUUGCGGAAGAUCAACAGGGCUGCAACAAUUCAGUACUUGUUGGUCAGAAUGUCCGGCAGACGGUUCACUGCCAUGAAUGUGGGAAACCACGCUGUGUCUACUCAAAAUCCUCUUUCACAAGUCGUGAUACCAGGUCCUUCAAGCGACUGAUCGAGUCUCAUGACUACACUUGUGGGUCCAUCUUGACCCCUGAUGGUCACAUACUUCAAGGAAAGGCAUUUGUCAGACUUCAGAUGUGCUGUAUCACUCCAAUCGAGUUUGCAUAUUUUGCAUCAUCGUCCAUCGUCCGCAAGGAUAUAUGUUGUCAUUGUGGGAGUUUCGGGGCAGAACGAGACAAGGAUCUCAUGCAGAACUAUCGCGUUGUAUUACCUGUUUGCAUUAAUUGCAAGCACCUUGGAUCUCCAAAGAGGAAUCCUAUUCGGAAAUGAAUAUGUUAACUAGUGUGUUAAUCUUAACUAUAAAACAGUACACUUU